CUGGUUCUUAGCGCGCUAACCGCUGCGCCACCGCUCCGCACACAUACGCACGCAGAGCCAUACGCGUAUACACACCACAGCAAGGCGGCCGGGGCAGCCCCCGUGCCCGGAGGCGCCGCCACGCUCCUGCCACAUUCUUCCCAGAGGCCGCCCUCCCCUUUACCCCCCCCCCCCCCGCAGGCUGCUGUGGCUCGGAGGGAGAUCGGAGCUCAGGUCAGUGUCUCUGUGGAUCCGCGCCAUGUGGAGCUCUCUGCUGUGCGUCGUGCUUCUGGCGGCCGGGGCCGUGUCCUUCGACAAACUCUCCAACUCCAAGCGCUGCGCGGACCCCGAGUGCAGCUACGCCAUCUCCGUGGGCGAGGUGGUCACCGACCACGAGGCUUCGGACUGUCGCUUUCUGAACCUCAAGGCUCGCCAGGUGGUGUUUGUCUUCUCCAAGCUCAAGCCUGCGCAGCCCGGGGCCCCCGAGUACUGGGCCGGCAGCGUGUACAAUGACCAGUACGCGGACUACGCGGCGCCCCUUGGCUACUUCCCCAGCAAAGUGAUCAACGAGACGCGGGUCUUCCACAAAAUACGUCACGAGUACUCCACCGACGAAAACGACUUCGCCUGCGAUGAGGCGUGAGUGGGACCGCGGGAGUGGCCCCCUUCGCGGAGGGCGAGGCCUCGAGCUGGAUAUGAAGCAGCGUUCUCCCGCGUGAUCUCGCGCGUGUACACCGCCGUGUUUAUACCGACGACACGUGUAGACCGUACGCAUGUAAUCCCACGUGUUCGUAGUGGUGUCUCAAUAAAAAAAAACGUCGAGAAAUCCA